AGAAACGUCAAUUUUCGCACCACCACCACCCAAAUUCGGUCAAGCUUCGUGUUCUCUAUUUUUUUUGCGCGGAUCAAUCGUCAUCCUCCUUUUUUCGUCUUCGUUUCAUCCUCCGCCACUUCUACGACUUCUUAUUACUUUCCAUUCAGCUACACUCGUUUUAACAACAUUUUCUAACAUAAACUUCUUCUUCUUCGUCUGUCUCGCACCGCCGCCAUGUGGAUUCUGCCCCUCCUAGGUUACGUGGGAGCCAUCAUUGGCAUGUGCUUCCUCACGCUCGCCAUCGCGUCGGGCCUCUACUAUCUUUCUGAGCUGGUCGAGGAGCAUACGGUUAUCGCCAAGCGCUUCCUGACGCGCAUUAUAUACGGCAUCAUGGGCGUCCAGGCGCUGCUCUGGCUUGUCGACAGCUUUCCCUUCUGGGCCACGGUGCUGGGCAUCUUUUCCCAUGUCGUUUACCUGGGCAACAUGAGGCGCUUCCCCUUUGUGAAGCUGUCGGAUCCUCUAUUUAUCCUCUCGUGUGUCUUGGUUCUCCUUGACCACUAUGUUUGGUUCCGACACUUUACCGAUGCGCAAAUCCAGUCCUACCGUCAAGCUUCAUAUUACGAGCCUGCCGAUGUCCCGAGCUUCACAAUGAUUGCGUCGUACUUUGGCAUCUGCGUGUGGUUUGUUCCGUUCUGCUUGUUUGUCAGCCUUUCCGCUGGCGACAACGUCUUGCCGACCAUGAGCACAGAGCCUGCUCGUAGCUUUGACGGCAGUGUCUCGAAACCCCAGGGUAUGGUGAAGGCCGUUGUGGACAAUAUCCGCAGCACCAUUGGCGAGAUUCUGGGCACAAACAACAAGCUUGACCGACCCUGAACUUCCCCCCAAACUCAUGACCUAUAUAUAAUACGGCUGCUUGCUGGCAAGCUAUGGAAAAUGCGGUUGUAGCAUCAAGCCGUCGUGCUUGUGGAGUUCUUUUUACAUGUAGGUUUUUAUCGCAUCUGGACUGGAUCAGGCGGUGUUAACGGUUCUCAGUUUGUAGUAUAUAUUGGCACUGUAUUUCACGCAAGAAAAGCAGUUAUUAUUCUUUAUUCAUAUCUCAAUAGCUCAUUAAUACUCACAUCUUACUGAUCUACAAAACACCCCAUACGAUUCCAAGCAAUACAUGAC